UUAACCUUAAAAUACCUCGAAAUCAAGUUGAAUUACAACAUUAAGAUUGAGAAUAUUAUUUAUCUUUGUAGAAGUAAUGAUUACAACCUCGUAUUGUUUGUCACCCUCCAUGUCGAUUGCAACCCCCCAAAGCACAAGCCCUGAAUCCUGGCUAACCAAUAUGAUGAAAGAAUCAAGAAAUGCGUUUCUUGAUGAAAACGAACGGAAAAAACAAAAAACUAUGAUAGGAGAUGAAAAGAUGUCAGUAUCUACAGCACUAGAGAAACACGAGGUACAUCAUCAUCAAUUUCGGGAUGAAAAUAUUAGUAUCUACGAAAUUUUCUUGAAAAAUGACAUGUCAAGUACAUCCAGUGCAUCAGUAGCAUCAGCAGCAGCAGCAGUAGUAGCAGCACCAGUCAGCAAUCUUCAGUUCGUGUCGCAACAGAGAUCUAUCAUUUCCCCUAUGAUCCCAAAAACUUCAAAACAUCAGCAGCUUACUCAAGUAAUUCCAUUCUAUGGAUCCCUUUUUUUUCUAUCCAUUUACCUUUUCCUUGCUGAUAAUUUUCCUACCUUUGCGCUUGGUUUUCUGUCCAUUUCAAGCCAGCUUAUAUCAAGUAGUGAGAUUACGUUGGCCUGUUAUACGAUUGAACAGCUAAUUUUCCAUAUUUUGAAAUACUUAAGCUAACUACGAAACGGAGCCAUAUAAAAUCAACGUAAGGGCUUCAGAGACUUAGGAUACCAUGGCUCAUGAAAAUGUUGAUGUUCUCUUUCUUUAUAUACAGCUUGAAAAGAUGUUAACUGAUUCUAACGUUUUUACUGUUUCACUAUGUUUUUGUUGCGUUAAUGACUUGAAUUCCGCAAUUUAUUUUUAUUCUGCAAAGAUGAUACAUUAACUUGAAUACUACAUCACCAAUUGUUCAGAGAAUAUCAACCCAUACAUUACACUAUUCUUUGACACUUUGUUUUUGUAUACUUUACUAGAUUUAAAAUUUUUUAUGUUUGCAACAAAGUUCUUGGUAACAAAAAUAAUUUUUUUCAAGAAAUUUAUGUAGAAGCUUCGAGUGAUGCGUAGUACGACAUAUAAUAUUUUUAAAUAUCCAUGGUAAAUUGAUUUUAUAAUAAUCAUUAAAAACAUUUAUAGUA